GGCCAGACUGUUGGAGAAAAUGGUUGGUUAAACAAUUAUUAAUACUUUCUGAUUUCCUAGCAGUUAAUACUUAACAGAUGCAAAAAUGUUUAUCAUAAUUUUUGUAUUGUAAUCAUUUUCAGUUUUAUUUUAUUGAUCUAGUCAUGUUUUUAUAAAGAGGAUUAAUUUAGUUUAUUUUGUGGUGAGGUAAAGACUUAACAUAAACUAUUUAUUAUGCGCAAGAUAAACAAAAGCGUAGGCCUGUGUUAUGGCAGUGGAGACAAGAUUAUGUCAACAACAAAAGGAGUAUGAUUAUUUAUUAAAAUUUUUAUUAGUUGGUGAUAGUGACGUCGGUAAACAAGAAAUAUUAAGUGGAUUAGAAGACGGUUCAUCGGAAUCUCCUUUUUGCAGUGGCUGUGCAUACAAAACGACAAUAAUCCUGUUGGAUGGGAAGAGAGUGAAGCUGCAGCUAUGGGACACGUCGGGCCAAGGCAGGUUCUGCACAAUCAUCCGCUCCUAUUCGCGAGGGGCACAGGGCAUUCUACUCGUCUACGACAUCACCAACAAGUGGUCGUUCGAUGGCAUUGACCGCUGGCUCAAGGAGGUCGAGGAGCAUGCGCCCGGGGUACCGAAAGUGCUGGUAGGCAAUCGGCUGCAUCUGGCGUUCAAGCGGCAGGUGUGCGCGCGCGAGGCCGAGUCCUACGCCGCCAAGAACCACAUGGCCUUCUUCGAGGUCAGUCCGCUCUGCAACUUCAACAUACGCGAGAGCUUCACCGAACUGUCCAGGCGAGCCCUCCAGCGCAACGGCAUGGAGCGGCUCUGGAGAUCGAAUAAAGUAUUGUCGCUGCAAGAGCUCUGCUGCCGAACGAUAGUGUCGUGCACGACCGUAUACAGCAUUGACCAGCUGCCGCUUCCGACGACGAUCAAGUCGCACCUUAAGUCGUACGCGCUGACCAGCUACACGAGCUCGGGCGCAGCAGGGGCGCACCACGGCCCCGCCAAGAAGCUGCGCCUAGCGCAUACGCCCGGCGACUGUGAGUAUGCGCGCCUCUCAUGGACUGCGCGCAACUCGUGUGUCAUCUCCUGAUGGCUGCUGCUAGCGUCCAUUCAUUAUCAAAAACCAUUCACCGUUUUGUCAACGUCCAUUGAACUCAUUCAUUAUCAAAAACCAUUCACCGUUUUUGUCAACGUCCAUUGAACUCAUUCAUUAUCAAAAACCAUUCACGCCUUCAACUUUCAAUUUUAUUCUCACAUACAAAACUCAUUGAAACAAAAUUUCAAUCCACAGUGCAAUAAUGCCAACGUGUAAUGAGCCCAGUCACUCCCAAUCAAAUCUAUUCAAAAAUCAUUUACAACUACAAUGUUCAAUUUUAUUCACACAUGAACACAUUGAAAACAAAAUUACAGUCAGUAAUAUUACAAUAAACAGUUUAUUAAUUUUAGCACAUGUUACGGUACUUGUGAAGAUGAGAACGGAAUGAUUAAGUUCGCGGUCGAUGCCACGAUGUCACUAAACAGCUGGCAUUGGUAGAAAUAUAGAAGGUCGAUCGUGAGCUGAAAUCUCCAUAUCAACCUGACCGGUUUGUUCGUACCCUAUGUUUAUGUUUAUGUUUUUUAACCCUAAAGGUGCGUACAGACUUAUGCGCCAGGAUCACGUGCAUUUUUUCGUUUCGUCAACUGAUGCUAUGCUUAUUAUAUCGUUGUCUACUGUUUCUGUACUAAUGCAUAAAUAAUAAGCAUAGCAUCAACUGACGUGAUCGUGGCGCAUAUGUCUGUACGCACCUUAAGAAUACUGCUACAUAACGUGGCACAAACAAACAAUUGCCUAAAUGUUUUGUUGUGCUGGGUAGAAGAAAGGAGAAAUAAACCUCGUCAUCUUUGGUUGUUCAAUACGAGUAGAACUAUCAUUGAUCGUUCAGACUGGUUUAUUGGAAAUUCAUGUCUCUAGAUUGUACCAGAUUUUAAGCAUGUUGGAUGAAGAAACUCAAUUUUGGCAUAAAACUGUAUCCUUUUCAAUCAAAAUUGAAACCUGAACACUUGAGAAUGUGAACAUAUUAUUCAAACUUUACAACUUGACUCUCCAACGUUACCGAACUGAACUUACUGUACUGUUUCUCUCCUUUUAAAAUUGAUAGCAUCGCUUUCGAAAGAGAAGAAAAUUCAAUUUGUAAUAUGUGAAGUAUUAACGGAGGCAAAUACUAUGCUCACUGGAUAGGUAACCCUAUUAAUAAUAACACCUAUUAAUGAAUAAAGUAAUGAUGUGAGGAGUUGGCUUUAAAUGGGUUCAAAUGACGUUCAUAAAUACGGCCCUAAAUGUGGGGUGCUCUAGGAGCGUGGAACGCUUGCCAAAGCAGACAUUUUUUCCUGUUUGCACGAGGGCUUUGGGCUGUCAGGUCAUCUCACCUUUAGUUGUUGACAUUGUUGUUGUUGUUGUUGUUGCUGUUUUGCCGCCGUCUUCUCCAGGUUCAUUUGGUUUCAGGUAUGAAAAUACUUAGCUUUAAGAUAUCAAACUAUCAUCCUACAGAUGGAAAUAAUGUUAAAGUCGACUAAAAGUGUCAAACAGCUAACUUCUUUCCACAACAUUUCACAGAAAGAGAAGUCAAACUACUCUUGUAAUAAAUUUAUUCUCAGUAUUUUAUGGUUUCCGUUUGAUUCUAAAAUUAUUUGUAGAUAAAAUAUGUUCUGCCCAAAAUAAUGUUUUGAUGAACUUUCAUCCACUUCAAAAGAACCUUGAAGAAACGUAUUUAGUACGUUCUUAAUAACGUUCAUAAUCCAAGCACGCUUUGGUUGCCUAGCAACAAAUAACCGGAACCGUUCAGAACUAUAUUAGUAUCUGGUUGCUAGGCCACCAGCGUCAUUAGUUAUGAACGUUCUUAGGGAUCGUUUAAAAACGUUUCCCUCUCUAACCAAAAUCAUAAUUUCGCAAAAACAUGAAGUUGGCCGGUUAAUACUAUUAGCUGACGAUAUUAAAAAUGUAGCCUUACUUGGCACUAGAGCAAUAUUAGCAUGGAAUUACUGUAUUAUAUUGAAGACAUUUGAUGUCAGAUUCAGAUAACUUGGCAGCAUGUAGAUGAUAGGCGGACGUAGUUUCUGUAAUGGAUGAUUGUUGGAUCAAUGUGCUUUUUGAAACUAGCUAUAAUGUACAGAUUUUGUUCUAAUUAUAUUCACAUCAAUUUUUAGAAUGUCUAACAACUGUAAUUCACUGUUUGAAACAUAAAUGUAAGGAAUCAUAGUAAUGGCAUGAUUUCAUCAAAUUGCUUAUAAAUGUUAAAAAUAACCGACUGCUGUCAAGUUAUUUGAGUUCUACUUUGUAACUAUUCACAGUUGUAUUAUUGCAACUGUAAGUUGAAAUACAUUUUUAAUGUACCAUGUCGUUAGAUCGACAUAAAUUGCAUUAUACUUGCCGUUUAGAAUAAGUACUGAAUUUAUGUUUACUCAAACUAUCCCGUAACAUAUAAUUCAGCUACUAGCACAACCAUAUUAUGUUACAAAAAAUUAUAAAUUUGUGAUAAACUAAAGCAAUUUUAGCUUCAAGACUAAACACAUUUACAUUUUUAUACCACGUCGUCGUAUUUUUCUCUUAUAUUAAUUAUUGUUCUGAAUGAAUCUUCCUCUGAACCUUUGAAGAAUUAAGUUUUCAAUCUAAAUUAUUAAUCUAUUCAAAAUUAUAAUCUCCAGACACUAAUUGAUAAAGAUAAAUAACUGUUCUCUUUUUUUGUGUAGUUGAGAAGUUGAUAUUGUGAUAAUUAUUCAUAUUGAAUGAAAAUUUUUUUUGACAAUUUCGUAGUCUUUUUCAUUCAACAGUUCUCCUUAGCUAGAAUUGUCAUUUGAAGUUUUUAAACUAAAUGAAUCUUUUCACAAUGAUAAUCUUUAGCCACUUUUUCACUUAGCCACAAGAUUAAGAACUGUUCUGUAAACUAUUUAGCCAGAGUCAUCAUUUGACUACAAUGUUCCGUCCUUUAACUUAUUUAAUUGAACUGGAAAUAAUACCGAUAAAUGAGAAACAGAAAACCACUCCUAUAUCGUGUAUUUUUACUUAUUUUGGAAAUUUAAAAUUUUCCAAGUACUUCUUCGUCCAGUGAUUCGGAAUAAGUUUGGUUUUGAAAUGUAUAACCUUCGUUUAUUAUUAUUAUUAUUAUUUAAGAUAUCCUACAAUUUUUAAUUUACUUCAGUUAUAAAUUAUUGAAUUGUUGAAAAUUUGAUUCUAUCAGUUGAGUUUAAUAUGUUUUCAAUCGUAAAAUUAUUUUUCAUAAAAUGAUAGAUUAUUUUCAACUUCAUUGAUUAAAUAAUGAAUUUCAGGCUAACGGCAUGGUAUUAAAUUGUACAAAAAAAAUUAUUAUAUUCAUAUCACGAGAGAAUAUUGCUUCUUACAGAUUUUCAAUUUCAAUGAAACUACAUUCUACACAAAAAUGAUGUUUUAGAAUAAGACUAGUAUGAUAUAUGCAACUAAUGUAAUUAGGAAAGUUUCGAGAUUUGUAUUUAUAGUACUGUUGUUGUGACUCGUCUCUAAGUGUAUAUGUUUGUCUGUUUUUGUAUGUAAGGUGUGCAUGAGAAUAAUUCAAUCGAGUGUAAAGUGUCUUCGAUUUAGAAUUGUAUUUAAAUGUAAAAAUUAGAAUUACUUAAUCAUUUCAAAACUGAAUUUUGAAAUUUCAAAUUUAUACUGGCUGAAACUCGGUACGCGUGCAGAGGAAAGUAGCUAAUAAUCAUCAAUAUUACAACCUAUAGUAAGUUGCAUGGUCUGUUUGUAAAUUAAUUUUGAUCAACUUCUAAUUUUCUAAAUUCAAAUCCAAUUCGUAUGUAAUUUGUAAUUAAAUGUUUCAGUAUGGUAGAUGAUAAUCAAAUCACCUGCUACACUCAUCUUAUUGCAAUAGGUAUUCUGUUUAAUUGUUGAUUUUUCAAUUUCUUUGUUGUGCGCGUGCGUUAGUCUGCUGAGGCCAGUGUGGAGCAACUUAAAAUAUAUUGUAAUAAAUUCUAGUGUAUUUGUAGUUACAGUCACUGUUUUCUAAUGGAACUCAAUAAUCAACCUGAAUGAAUAAGAAUGAUGAUUGUAAGGUAUGCAUGUAUCCUUUUGUACAGCACUUUGUCUCUGAAAGUUGAAAUGUAUUUUUUAUAUCUUUGUACAUUUGUUGAAAAGUUCUUCAUAGAUAAAAGCACAAAUAUAAUUCUCCAUUCUGUCAGAAAGGGUACCUUUUGAGUACUGUUAGUGGAAAUUUAGGUACAGUACCUAGCUUAAGAUAGACAUUUUUGCAACAUCAUUUCUCAACGUGUAUGUUAUUGGCGUUUUGCUCAUGGAUGCAGUAUUUGACUGUAGUGAAAAUUCACGUCAUAUUCAGCAUUGAUUUAAUUGGAAGUAUUGUUGUUAAGUGUACUCCAGUCUUACGGUAUCGAGCACAUUUGAUGUAAGAUUAUAUAAUUGCUGACACUUGUUAACAGUAGUCAUUUAUAUUUCGAAACUAAAGAAAUCAACCUUACCAUGAUAAAAGGUAACAUAAGCUUAUUUGGAGUAGAAUAGAGUUGUCUCUGCAUAAUGAUAGCAACCCUCUUUAAAACAAUUCUGACAGUUUGAAGUGAAUUUCACCAUAGAUGUUGAGCAUACAGUAUGUAUGUUUGGAAACAUGCUCAUUACGACAAUAGCGUAUGCGUGAAAUUAUUGUCAUAGUGAGCGAAAUGUCUAGCAUUUCCCUUGUGAUUACAAUGUUGUAUUUUAGACUAAUAUUGUACCCAAAUUUUUAUCUAGCUACAGUACUAUGAACCUUUUACUACUAAUCAUUCUUGUCCAUUUAUUGAAUAUAAAAAGAUUUCUUGAUGUACAUUGUAAACUUAUGAUUCAUGCUAAACUGAGUUUUAUAUUUCCUGAAAUUGAAAUGUUGUACUUGAAAUUUAUUUAAUAUGUUCCUUCUUGUCAAAUGAUUGAGAAAUAAUCUAUUAUUCUAGUCUCCAUUAUUAUUAUAAUUACAGAAAUUUUUCAUAAAAAAACAGGUAAUUCAAAUAGUAAUUUUGGUUGUAAUUCUUCAAACUUGUAUUAUUAUGGUAUAAUGAAACCUCUGUUCACAUAUAUAUCGAUCCUUGCCACAUUUUUUUCCAUAACACAAUAAUUUAUAAUUUUCCAACUUUCGUUUUAUUAAAAAGAUCAUUUUCUCA